AUGUCCCCCACCGCACAGCUUGCCGAGCAAGGUUUGCAAGUGCAGAUGGGCAGUUUGACUUCCAGUUCUGCGGAAAUGAGCAAACAACGGGAGGCCCUGGUGGAGCAACAGUCAGAGCUGCCGGAGAAGUUGGAGAAGGAGGAGGAAGAACGUCAGAAGCGCUUGAGUAAGUUGCAGGCGCAGUGCGAAGAAUUGCAGAAUGAAGAAGCCGCCUCACAAGCGAAGCUCAACGACCAGGAAGAAGCUCGCCGUCAGCAGGCUGAAGUGCGAAAUAAAAAGCAUUCAGAGCUGAAAACGCAGCUGGAGAAUGCAAAGAGUUCCAUUGUAGAGGAGCAACGUCGCUACAAGGAGAAGAUAGCUGAGCUGAAGAAGAUUGAAGCAGAUGUGCAAGGCAAGAUCGAUAAGAUCCUGAAGGAAAUCGACGACUUCGAUCGUCAGUUCGGAGCGGAGCAGGAGUCCUUGUCCAGCCGCCGUGCUCGGUUGCAAGAGAAGAGCCAAGAGCUGAACGCGCAGGUGGAGACUUUGCAAGAAGAAAGUCGAUCUUCCAAGCAGCAGCUGGUUGAGGAAAAGAAGAAACACAGCGACGACAUCAACGAGUUGGAUGGUAAAAUUGCGGAGUGCACCGAGCAGCGCGAACGGAUGGCACGAGAGCUCCAGAAGCUGACAGUGAAGACUCUUGAGGAGCCGAAUGGCGAAGAUGUGGAAGCCAACUAUGAAGAACUCAGCGAGGAAGAAAAGGAAGAGGCCAGCCAGAAGGCUUCCUUGAAGGCUCACGCGGGCCGGCGCAUGGCGCAGAAGUGGCCGUAUUACCGCACAGAGGGAAAUUUCACGUUGAACGUGCACGAAGACAUGAAAGGGAAAGAGUUGUUGAACCGGGUUCGAGAUCGACUUCCGGUGAAGCCGAAGUUGAUGGUCGUGCUCUGGACCGAAAGUGAUCUUCAGGUCAUAGGAAAUCAAACGCUCAAAGAGCAGGGCCUAGGCGCCGGUGCGGCGCAGUUGUCCUACUCCUACCGGCCCGCUGAUCUGUGGCAUGCCUUUAAGAUCCUAGAGGGUGAGGUGGAGAGGGAAAUGGACCACCAUGCCUUAGAUGGAGUUGUGCAUGUUCACUAUGGGAAGCACUUGAUCAAGCAUGUGACUCUGCCGGUGACGUUGGAAACGCUGAAAUUUGGAGACAACUUCUAUCAUGGUGUCGACAGAGUGGUGCUGCCUAGCAAGCUUCUUUCCCUGUCGUUUGGGCGGGAUUUCGAUCAAAGCAUCGAGGGCUUGGUGCUACCGAAGGGCCUAAGACAUCUGGAGUUUGGCCGCGAGUUCAACCAGAGUUUAGAAGAUGUGGCGCUGCCCAGUAGCCUCGAAAGCUUGAUCUUCGGAGAUGGCUAUAACACCAGCCUGGAUCAGGUGCCACUGCCUUCCAGUCUACGGACCUUGGCCUUCGGAAACGACUUCAAUCAGCCCUUGGAUGCCUCAACACUCCCAGGCAGCCUGGAAGAAUUGAUGCUGGGGCAGAACUUCAAUCAGCGGCUGAACAUCAACAGCCUUCCAGACAGUCUCAAGGUUCUGAAGUUCGGCUUCUAUUUCAACCAACCCAUCCUGCAGAGCAAAACCUGCGGUUGCUUGGGCGGCAAGCGCGUUGCGUUUCCAGCCAAUUUGGAGACGUUGACGUUCAGCCACGCCUUUGAUGCAAAUCUGGCAGGGGUGGAAUUCCCGAGCACGCUGAGAAGUGUGAAGUUUGGAGACAAGUUCAACCAGGACCUGUCGAAGUUGAAACUUCCCAGUUCACUCCAUAGCUUAUCGCUGGGAGAGAUGUUCGAUCAGCCGGCCAGCUUUCCCAGUGGCUUACAGCAGCUUUUGGUGUCCCGGAACUUCUUUGUGCCGAAGGGCCAGAAGAAAGUUCCUAUGGUGCAGCUUCUGGCGAAUAUCCAGCACCUGGAACUAGGUUGCCAAUUCAAUCAAACCUUUGAGAAGGUGAGAUUCCCAGAGAAUCUUCGGCACUUAGUUUUCGGUCGAGAUUUUAAUAAACCCCUCGCUACUUUGAAGUGGCCGAAGGCCUUGAUUUCUUUAUCUUUUGGACGGGAUUUUAAUCAGAAGUUGGAUGUGGCUUUGCCGCCGACUUUAGAGAAGCUGACGUUUGGGCUGAAGUUCAACCAAAGCUUGGAAGGUCUGGAGUUUCCAGCGAGUCUCAAAACUCUCACGCUGGGAGCGCACUUCGAUCAGCGCUUCGAUGCCGUGGCUUUGCCAGCAAACCUGCAGAAAUUGACCUUCGGAGAACAUUUCAACCAAUCGAUGGAUGGAGCGACUCUACCUGAGAAUCUGGAGGUCCUCACGUUGGGAGAGUGCUUUAAUCAGGCCCUGGACAACUGUGCGUUGCCCAGGAAUCUCCAGGAAUUGAACUUCGGUGUAUAUUUUCAGCAAAGCUUAGACAACACUGCGCUUCCAGCCACGCUGAAGACGUUGACCUUUGGUCAUGGCUUCAAUCGCAGUUUGGAGAAGACCAAACUUCCGGACAGCCUUGAAGUGAUGUCUUUUGGAGUCAAUUUCAAUCGAAACGUGGAUGAUACGAAGCUGCCGAAGUCUCUGAAAAUUCUAAGCUUCGGGCGCGACUUCAACCAGAAACUCGAGCGAGUGAAAUUGCCUCCAGAUCUGCGGGAAUUGAAAUUGGGCCAUGGUUUUAAUCGUCCCCUGGAAACGGUGAAGUUGCCCUCCUCCUUAGAACGCCUCACGUUGGGUGAACAGUUUAGCCAAAGUUUGGAAGCAGUGAACUUCCCAAGCAGUCUGAAAGUACUGAAGUUGAUGGGAAUUCACUGGCCAAACCUUGACGGGGCGGAUCUGCCUGCCCUGGAUGAAUUGCAGUGCAGAGGGAUUACUGUCAGCCAUUCUGACACCUGA